AUGACGACGCACCCAAAUCUCAUUCUUGCCUUCCUCUUCUUCUUCUUGUUCCAUUUCCUCCUCAUCUCCCUGACCCACGCUGCCGGUGGCAAAUGGCUGCUCUUGCAACAGAAUAUCGGCAUUUCCGCCAUGCACAUGCAACUCCUCCACAACGACCGCGUCGUCCUCUUUGACCGCACCGACUUCGGCAAAUCUAACUUGUCCCUGCCCGAAGGCCAGUGCCGCAAUGACCCCAACGACACCGUCCUCAAAGUCGACUGCACCGCCCACUCAGCCGAAUACGACGUCCCCACCAACUCCUUCCGCCCUCUCAUGGUCCAGACCGACGUCUGGUGCUCCUCCGGAUCCGUAGCACAAGACGGUAGCUUGAUCCAGACCGGCGGCUUCAACGACGGAGAGCGCCGCGUCAGGAUUUUCCAAUCCUGCACCGGCUGUGACUGGAAGGAGUACGACAACGGCUUAGCCGCUCGCCGUUGGUACGCCACCAAUCACAUUCUGCCAGAUGGACGGCAGAUCAUCAUCGGCGGCAGGCGGCAGUUCAACUACGAGUUUUAUCCCAAAAGCGAGUCGUCUAGCAAUGUCCACAGUUUGCCGUUCCUCGUGCAGACUAACGACCCCAAAGUCGAAAACAAUCUUUACCCUUUCGUUUUUCUCAACGUGGAUGGCAACUUAUUUAUUUUCGCCAACAAUCGAGCUAUUCUGUUCGACUACGUGAAGAACGUCGUCGUUAAAACUUACCCACAAAUACCUGGCGGCGAACCGAGGUCCUACCCGAGCACCGGGUCCGCAGUGUUGCUGCCAUUGAAAAACUUACAAGCUCAGUUUGUUGAGGCUGAGGUUUUGGUCUGCGGUGGGGCUCCGAAAGGAUCUUAUGCCAAGGCUGUCAAUGGGAAUUUCGUGGAAGCUUUAAAGACAUGCGGUCGGAUCAAAAUAACCGACCCGAAUCCUCAGUGGGUAGUGGAGACCAUGCCUCAAGCUAGAGUCAUGGGAGACAUGACAUUGCUUCCGGACGGCACCGUUUUAAUCAUCAACGGGGCAGCGGUUGGGACUGCAGGAUGGGAAUUCGGGCGGAACCCGGUUUUGAACCCGGUUAUUUACCAACCCGACAAAGCAGUCGGGUCAAGAUUCGAGCAGCAAAACCCCACAACCAUACCGCGGAUGUACCAUUCCGCAGCGGUGUUAUUACGCGAUGGCAGAGUGUUGGUUGGGGGCAGCAAUCCUCACAUUUAUUACGAAUUUACCAACGUGCUUUUCCCAACGGAAUUAAGAUUAGAAUCAUUUAAUCCUGAUUAUCUGGAUGCUAUGUACGUUAAUUUGCGUCCCAAAAUCAUUGCACCCCAGUCUCAAGCUAAGAUUAAUUACCGACAAAAGCUAGCCGUUCGAUUUUCUUUGGCGGGAACGGUGGGGCCGAAUUUGGUGUCGGUGACGAUGGUGGCGCCAUCGUUUACGACACAUUCGUUCUCGAUGAACCAGAGGCUGCUUGUACUUGCAGCAGAGAGCGUGACAAAUGUGGCCAAAUCCACGUAUCAAGUUCAGGUGACGACGCCGGGCUCAGGUAAUCUUGCGCCUUCCGGAUAUUAUAUUUUGUAUGUGGUUCAUCAGCAAAUUCCAAGUGAGGGUAUUUGGGUACAAAUCCUGUGA